CACCAACAGGAAAAGGAAACGACUAGAGAAAGGGCGGACCUACAGAACCAGGGUAGCAGCAGCCAUCCUCCCGACGGAGCGACUGUUCGAGUCACUACCAUGAGCCAUAACUCCCAAGCCUUCUUGCCCACCAAUGCCGGACUUCCCCCAAGCUAUGAGACAAUCAAAGAGGAGUAUGGGGUGACUGAGCUGGGGGAACCCCACAGCUCAGCUGUGGUGAGGACCACCGUGAUCAACAUGCCCAGAGAGGUCUCUGUGCCUGACCAUGUGGUCUGGUCCCUCUUCAACGCACUCUUCUUGAACUUCUGCUGCCUGGGUUUCAUUGCCUAUGCCUACUCUGUGAAGUCCAGGGACAGGAAGAUGGUGGGUGAUGUGAUUGGAGCCCAGGCCUACGCCUCCACUGCCAAGUGCCUGAAUAUCAGCUCCCUGAUCUUCAGCAUCCUAAUGGUCAUUAUCUGCAUCAUUAUCAUUUCCACCACCUCUGUGGCAGUCUUUCAAGCCAUUUCACAAAGAAUGCCACAUUCUGGAUUCUAGUCCUGCCCUGUCUGCUCCACAGUCCCCAGCUGCCCACCCAGGCUGAGGCCUUGACCCUCUGUUCACCCUACUACGCAUAUGCCUGUUCCCCUCAUCCAUCUGUCCAAAGUGGCUUCAAUAAAGUGCACACAGUGACAACUCUG